AUGUCAAAGCCUAACUCUACCGAAGCUUUGCCUGGACCAGCUCCCUCAUCACACCCUGAGGCACCAUAUCACGUCCUGUCUAACAAGCAAAAAUGGAAUCUUGUCAUCUUCGUCUCCUUGGCGGCCUCGUUCUCGCCGCUGUCUUCGAACAUAUAUUUUCCCGCGAUUGACACCAUAUCCAAGGAUCUAGGAGUAAAUGCGUCCCUUAUAGCCCUUACCAUCACGGUAUAUAUGGUGGUUCAGGGUAUUGCUCCUUCUCUCCUAGGUGCCCUCUCGGAUGCUUGCGGCCGUCGCCUCACAUUUACAAUAACUCUCACCAUUUAUACGGUGGCCAACCUCGCCCUGGCGUUCACCUCCAACUAUCCAAUGUUGAUGGUACUGCGUGGCCUUCAGGCGGGAGGAUCUGCAGCGACUAUUAGCAUUAGUGCUGGAGUCAUUGCUGAUAUUGCUUGCCCAGAAGAACGCGGUCGUUUCAUAGGGACAAAUGCUGGCGUUCGCAUGACAGGUCAAGCAAUUGGCCCAAUCAUUGGAGGCGCGUUGGAUAGCCUAUGGGGCUUUCGAAGCAUAUUUUGGCUGCUUUUCAUCCUAAGCGUGAUUGUCCUUGGCGCGCUCCUAAUUUUCCUUCCGGAAACCCAGCGUAGAAUAGCAGGCAACGGCACCACCGUUAUAUCUGGUUUCCAGAAGCCAUUCAUUUAUUAUAUCAGAGCCCCAUCACUCUGGGAAAACAAUGCUGGAACGGGCAGUCCCUCGAAGCCUCCAGCACCACUAUCAUUCAAGAAAGCGCUCAGUCCUCUUGCCUACCUCCUUGAAAAGGACAUCGCCGUGCUUUUGGCCUGGGGCGCCGUGGCUUAUACAGCAUGGAGCAUGGUGACAUCUUCUACCACAACAAUGCUGCUGCUCGGCUUUCCUUUUCUUGCACAAUGGCAAAUUGGGCUAUGUUUCCUCCCAAACGGGCUCGGCUGUAUCUUAGGCUCGCUCAGCACAGGCUGGAUUCUGGACCAGAGCUUCAAUCGUGCCCUGGUGCGAUACAAGGAGGAACACGGCAUCCCCCCGGAAGAACGCUUUGUUCAUAGGCGCGACUUUCCCUAUGUGCGGGCCCGUCUACGCCUCAUGCCUAUCUUUAGCAUUGUUCUCGUGAUCUCUUUGGCGCUUUACGGACCAAGUUUUGAGUUCAAUGACUUACGGCAACGGUUUGGUCCAAAUUUAGCCGCCCCACUCAUCCUUCAAUUUCUGAUUGCCUUCUCGGCGACUGCUAUAUUGAACAUCAACUCAACUGUGCUGAUUGAUUGCUUCCCGGAGCGACCUGCGAGUGCGACAGCACUCAACAACUUGUGCCGAUGUCUACUGGGGGCGGUGGGAGUAAGCGUCAUCCAGCCAUUGAUUGGUACCACAAAGGCGAUGAUAGCGUUCUUCAUUGUGAGCGGUGUCGUAUGUCUGUUCACUCCACUGAUUUGGGUGGAAUGGAAAUGGGGGGAGAGGUGGAGGCAAGAGAGAGAAGAGAAACUUGCUCAAGAUCAAGGCGAGCUCUAG